GAGCCGGCGGGGCGGGGCGGUUCGGGGCCGUCCCGGCCAUGGAGGCGCUGCGGCGGUGGCCGCUGUGGCUGCAGGGCCUGGCGCUGCUGUGGGGCCGCGCCGUGGCGGGGCUGGAGCAGAUCCGCAGCACGGUUCCGCCGGUGCCGGCGCAGGCAUGUUCAGCAUUUUCCCAGAAGUCCUGUGAAGAAUGUCUAAAUAAUGUUUCGUGCCUUUGGUGUUACACCAACAACACAUGUAUUGAUUACCCUGUAAGAAGUAUUCUUCCACCAUCUUCAUUGUGUUCUCUCUCAAAUGCUCGAUGGGGAGUUUGCUGGAUAAACUUUGAGGCUUUAAUUAUUGCCAUGGCUGUGCUAGCUGGACUCAUUCUGGUGUCCAUAACAGUCUGUUGCUGUUACUGCUGUUACUGCAGAAGGCGGUCCAGGAGCAGACUAGCUGAAGAAGAGGAGCAGCUAGCUAGGAAGAGAGAGGAACGAAGACUACAGUCUCUUCAGAGGAAACAUGAAAGAAAACUGAAGCAUGAUGAAAUACGUAAGAAGUAUGGUCUUCUCCAGGAUUCUGAUAACCCCUACAGUAGAUUUGAGAAUGAAUAAAGAUGAGCACCUUCCACAAGAGCUGUAACUCCAGAAUCCAGGAAGACAGUUUGCUUUCAUUUGCCCUUUGUGCUCUUUCACUUUUUUUUUCCUCUCCAAAGUUUUCUUUUUUCCUGGUUGUAAAACUAUAAGCAGCUAAAGACUUUCUGAAAUAACAUGUUUCUAUCUCCUACAUGUAUAAAACUAAUUUUUGUAAUUUUUUUGUUGUGGAAAUGUUCACUGAAGUUUGUUGUUUAUCUUUCCUCUUCUUAAAUCUAUAUUUUAUUACUUGACUUAGCUGGUAAAUAGUCACAAUAGUGUGUUUGAGUUCAGUCUUAACUGCCACUUCAAGCAGUUGUUCUCAUGCUCCUAAAUAAUUUUUUUUAUUUAUAACAAAAAGCAACAUGGAAGCACAGCUCCACAUAGCAGAAAUAGUUGAUGGAAAAUGCAUCAUGCGCAUUCUUGUGGGUGGAGGUUUUUUUGACCUGGAAAAGCAUCUUCCAAGAGUGUAAUGUGUAAGGGUUGACAGAGAGGACCAUAUUUGUCUUUGAAUAAUUAAAUUCAGUUGUGGGAAUGUUAAUAUGUACUUUGAAUGUAGUACUCAUGUGAAAAAGAAACCAGUUAGCAAAAUUGCAAGAAGGUUGAUCUUGAAACAAGCAUAGCUGUGUUCUUAAAUUUUAAAAAACAGCAGUCUGUGUCACUUUCAGUCACUUUCUUCUGCAAACUUAAUGUGUAUUGGAAAAAAUAAGAAAACGUAGGAAGUUGCCCAGAUUGUGCAGUUUACCAGGGCUGACCCUGGCCAGCAUCUUAAGCACUGCCCAGCUGCUUCCUCCCUCCCUCAGGGGGAUGCAGGAGAGAAUGGGAACAGCAAAGAGUUGAGAUAAAGGCACAGUAAGUGAAGGGAGGAGGGUAGAGGCAACAAAUUCUGCAAAGGCAAUUGCCACCUCCCAGAAGCAGACCUCUGCCUAGCCUCCCCUCCAGUUUUCUUGGUGAGCCUGGAAUAGGGUCAGUUUGAGUCAAUUUUGGCCAGCUGUGCCAAUUGUGUCCUCUUCUUGCUCACCCCUGGCCUAAUUGCUGAAGCAGGCAGAGUGGGGGAAAAAAUGAAUCCUUGAUGCUGUGCAAGCAAUGCUCAGCAAAAGCCAAAGCAUCGGUGUCUUACCAGCACUAUUCUUACCACAAAUCCAAAGCAAAGCAGCACUGUAAGGGCUGCUAUGUUAUGCUAAAGUUACCUCAGUCCCUCCCAGAGCCAGUACAGUAAGAAGGCAGUAUUUUUUUAACCUUUUAUUGUUCUGUUGGUAUUUCCAUAAUGUGAUUUAUUUCCUGUCUUUCUUUUCAUAGAGGUAUUUCCUUGAGCACUUCUAGUCGCUUACCAGUAUGAUGUGACAAGCAAAGAGCUCUUCUGUCCCCCAGUCUAAUUUCAUAUUUCCAUUCAUUCUGUACACUUUAAAUGACCUCCCUUGCUGUUUAUCUGUUAAGCAAAUGUACAGUAUUGAAGAUAUUUGUGUUUUGUCCUCAUUUCUAAAAUAAACUCUUAACCAUCUUGA